GACACUACACGGCUGACCACCACAGAUGAAGGAAUCCUCCGGCCGGCCCAUCGCAAGUCUCAUGGGAUGUCCAGUCAGCUUACUUGCAAACGCAUGCAAACAAAUACACAAAUAGAUGCGUAUCUGUCUGUCUCUGUCCGCCCACUGACAGCAAGUCAGUCAGUCUAUUCACAGACACACACACUCAGCCAGCCAGCCGUCACUGUAUCCGCCCCUCUUCGCCACACACAGCGGUCGCAUGGGAGGGGGCGGGUGGGUCGGCCGGAGGCGAGACGUCCACAACAAAGUAGCGCCCACUAUAGAUCGACGAAGCGUCAAACCUGCACACGAAUGCAUUCAGAGCCCUUUGCUUUCUAUGGUCAAUUGCCACCCACACGCAACCGACGCACCUUUCAGGGUUUCUCACACCAUCCCUCCGAAACGGUGCAUGGCCCUUCGACCGCCUGGGGGUGACCUCUGUCAUUCCGCCGCGAAGGUGAUAGAGGGGGCCGAGGGUGAAGUCACAGGGCGCUCGCUCAGCGGACGGGUCGCGUGACUUGAGCCGCUGUCUGAUCGACAAGAGCCGAGGCGGCAGGCCCUCACUUUUCUGGGGGGCCGUUGAAUGACACGCUGGGACAUCGCCGGGCGGUGUCACCCUGAUGGUCGGCCGACCGCUUUCGGCGCGUGCUUCCCCCGGCUGCUGAGGUGCUGUCAUGGUGUCGAAGGCCGGUGGCCUAGACCAUCCCAGAGGCGCAUAAGACCGUCGAUCGCGCUGUCGGCCGUUCUUCGGCUGGCCAAAUGAGUUGGGGUGCCGAGGUGGCCUGCGAUAAUAACGAUGGCUGGGAUCGGACACGGGGGACGGCUGGUGCGAUGGGUCGAUGCCGAACGUUUCGGGCUCCAUUGGUGUGGGCGGCCGACGGACAGGCGGCUGCAUUGGUCGAAUGAAACCAUCCCCCCUCUCUCUCCCUCUGCUGCCUUGCCCCACCAGCUGUGCGUACGAGCUGGCCAUAUGGCGCAUCGGAAAUGGGGGAGGGGUGAAGGUCAGCGUGGCCGUAUCGAUGGCCUUCGGAUGGUGCCAAUCGGCUCGGCUGUCGACUGGAGGCCGCUCUGGCUCCUGAGGUGUGUGGGGGGUAUCCUGCUCGCUGGGCCGGUCGAUCAGCUGUGGGGUCUGCUGCUGGAUGCCGAGCUGCUGCUCGAGUCGGCAGAUAUGAGUGUUUUGGGCGAGGAGGCGGUCGAGCAGGCACUGGAUGAUGGCGGGCGCCUCGUUCGUGAGGUCGGUGUUGGUCUGCUGGUCCGCGAGUGGCGCGGCGUCGAACGACGUGGCCUUGUUGAGCACGCUGAAAGAAAAGGAAGGAACACGGCAGAUGUUGUGAGUGACGUGGAUCGAGGUGCCUGUGCCACCGUCUCUUGUGUGUGAGCUGUUCGCACCUUGAGAGCACAUCCAUUGUCUCCUUCCUGUCCUGUCUGGCUGAUGCAAUGCCAUCACGUGCAGCCCUCGCAGCCUGCAUCGCAUCGCUGUCUUUGCUGUCUUCAGCGAGGCUCUCCACGCCCUUGGCCUCCUCUUCAGUCGCCCGAGCUUCGGUGCUGCCUGUUGGCUGACCCUCGGUGGUCGUCAGCCCUCUCUCCUUCCCGGCCGCCUCGUGAGCCCUCCGACAUUCCGUCACGCUUUGAUGGGUCGAAGGCGCCAUGACGCAGACAGCUAUGCGUUCAUCGGUGGACCGGAAGAUUCCACGUGCGGCCUCUUGCCCUGGGGACUUGUCUGCUGGCCGCGGUGGCGGCCGAGUGUCGGUGCUCUCUCCGAAAGAGAAGGUCUCCUGAAGGCGAGAGUGGGGGCUGCCCUCUGGCUCGUCGCGGGUGGCGGCCGUGGUGCGACUCGCCAUCAGGUCGGGAAUGGGUAGCUGGGCUGUGUCGUGGGGCAUGAGGUGCUGCAGACUGAUGGCGCGGCUGACCUUGGCAGCGUGCUCGGUGACCUCCUUUUGCCGCUGCUCCAGGUGGGUCAGCUGCUGUCUGAGGGAAGUGACGCGGCCCUCCCUUUUCUGCCAGUCUCGCAGGUGGCCCUGGUGAUCGCAGGUGAGCUUCUGCUCCAGCUCGCGAAGGCGCAUAAGUUGCUGCAUAAAGACAGACAGACAGACAGCUCGCCUCAAUGUCGGACGCUACACUCAGGGUAUCUGUACCUCACCUGCUCAAUGGAUGACCUCGAUGCUGCCCCAGCUCCCCCAGUACAAUCCUGGUCCCUCUUGACAGACGCCUGCCGCUGCUGCAAGGUUCCCUCCAGCCUGUCGAUUUCUGCCUCCACUCCACGAAGCUCCCCCUGCGCAUCAGCAGCACCGUCGCCUCCAUCAAUCUGCCGCUGCAGCUGGGCCCUUCUCUGGAAACAUCUGUGCAGCUGCUGGUACUCGGCAGGUGCACCGGGGGUGGCGGCGAGAGCACCCACACCGCCGACGUAUGCGCUGUGGGCUUGCUCAAGAUUCUGGGAGAGGGUCUCGUACCUGCUCUGGUAUGAUGACAGCUGGUCCUGUUGGCAACAGGACAGUUUAUUGACGUGCAGUGAGUGACAACGGUGAUGUGGUGAGCAUAUUGCUGACCUCUGCGUCCUUGAGCUGUUUCUCGAGCCGCUCCCUCUCCUCGGCUAGCGCGCCGUUUUGGCCCUGAAGCUCACCCAGCCGACGCCGCAACUCCUCGUUAAACGAGCUCUCCUCACCCAAUGCUGGCUGCUGCUGCUGCCGCCGCUGCUGCGAUGGACUCCUCUCGCGGCCACUCUCCACAAUUGGGAUUGAGGCCGGCUCGGCGGUGCUCCUGGUCACCACGGGAGUGUGUUGAGUCUCUUGUUGGGUCUCGUCGGCAGGCUUGGAUAGACUGGCCUUGGGUGUGGGCUCAGAUUGAGGCUGCGACUUCUGUGAUGCACCUAGGGCCGGUGGUGCUUCGGUUGGGCCGCUUUCGUCAAGAAGAUUGGCGACAUCAGCAUUAGCAUUAGCAUCAACAGGCGCAGGAGGGACCAUAGCGACAGCUGGCCGAUCUCUCCGUCCUUCCCUGAUGGCCUCAACCUUCCUGGCCACCUCGUCCUCCUGCUCGUGCGCCAUCCUAGUCUCGAUGACAGGGGUGGCGAACUUGUUGAAAGAGAAGGGCACGAAGGGCGGGAUUUUGAGCAGCUCGGACGGCCGCAGAUUCUCAUCUCCGAGGUGCGGGCUCAUGUUGCCCACUUGCGAGAGCGAGACGGAAUCGUCGUCAUAUGCCGGUAGUGGGGGUGGGAAGGGGCAGGGGAGGGGAGGAGCGACGGCCUUGUCCCCACUCCCAUCACCACUCAUUCGGUGUGGCAGCAUGAACGCGGUGGCCUCAGAGGAGGCGUACAGGGGGGUGGACUCCGGCUGCCACGGUGCUGUCGUGCGGCUCUGGGAUGCGACGGGCGACAAGGCUUGACUGCCCGCUGUCUUGUGGGACGCCUUGGUUUCUCCAGUGGCGGCACGGGUGGCGUGGACAGGGAUGCGGGGUGAGGCCAAGAAUGGGGAGGCGUGGGCUGGGGACGGAGCAAGGGCUUCUAGCUGCUGCGAUUCAUAAGCAAGACGCUCUGGUCAGUAAAGACACACAAACCAUGCAGGGCGAUAUCGAUGCGUCUGUCGGUCCUCCGUGUUUUUGCACCACCCACCAUCGAUCUGUCCCGUCGACAGGGUGUCUGCGCUCGGCGAGAAGGUCUGUGGCGACGACAUGAAGCUGAAGGGCCGCUCGCCACUGCCUUCGGCAUCCGCAGCCCUCUCCCUCUCGCCACCUCCGCCCACCCCUGCCUCUUUGGCCAGAGCAGCCAGCGACACGAAAUCCGAUGACAAUCCGCCACCUUGCUGCUCGUCUGGACGAGAGGAGCUGCGGACGACAACCGUUGGGAUCUUGCCCCCACCCCCACCAUCAGCUGAUGGGCUGCCCGGCGACGGCUGAUUGGACUGAUCACUCGUCUGCACCCGUCCAAUGUCGUCGAAGCUCAGCUCGACCUCCACGCUAAAAGGGUCGCCCAGUUCCCCUCCUGCCCCUUGCGCAGCCACUACCACCUCGACCUCCUCUUGCGCGGGGCCGUCGGUUGCCAAUGGUCUCGGCUCGUCAUCGAUACAACUAUGGGGGCCGUGCGAUUGGGCGGCGGUGUCGACAUGUGAGCGCGAAGGCGGGGCAGGCGGCGUAAUGCGAUAGGACUCAUCCGGAUGCGAUGGCGAUGGCGCCGGUGCGUCGUGUGCGGAAUGGCUGUCAGGAGGGGGCUGAGGGUCCGCGACGACGGGAGAAGAGGGGCCGGAAGCAGGCUCGUCAUGCGCCACUGUGUGAGGUGGCUGGGCGAGGGCCGCGCGAGGGGAGGGCCUCUCUGCAUGAUCCGCCGUGCUGUCGAGCCCUUCGUCAAGCGGCAGACCCGCCGUGCUCUCUCCAAUCUCCCUCUGAUCUCGGCGGUCCGCAGCAGCCUUGCCGCCUUGUCCGCUCGCCAUCAAGACGUCCUCCAGCACUCUCACGUCAGACAGCCGGCUCCCGCUCAGUGCGGGCGGUCCUCCCAUAUGACUCGGCCCCGCCUUCUCCUUCUUGGCCACACCAUGGACAGCCGAAACGCCCGACGACGCAGUGCGGAAGCUGCCCAUCUCCAUGCUCACAUGGGAGGGGUGCCGGAAGCGGCCUAAGCUCCCGUCCGUCGCGCCGCCAUCGAAGGCGGCAGGAGGGCCGAAUCCAAUGAUCGGGCUCUGGCCGAGCUCUCUCCUCCUCUGCUGCUGCGGGUGAACGUGUGUGGUGUGUGUGGGAGGGGAGGUGUAUGUGGUGUCUGCGGGCGGGAUGGACUCGGUCGCCGAGAGAGUGACAGCCGGCGUGACGGACUGCGAUGGCGGGUGGACGGGGAAGCUGCCGGAUGAGUCCGUCGAGUGGGGGUCCACACCCACGGAAACAAACGUCCUGACAGUGAAGACAAGACCGACCAUGUAGAAGAGAGCAGCAGGAUCGUAGGCCUGUUGGCCGUGUGUGUUGCUCACCUGCCAUCUGGCGCCAUGGUGUGCCCGUUGUGGGGGUGUGGUGGUAGGGGAGGAAGACCGUGGCCGUUCCUCUCUCCCCGCCGUGAUGACAGCCUCCGGGCAGAUGAGGCAGAGGAGGGAGUCUCGAGAGCACGGUCGAUUUUGGAGAACUCAACCUGCACACGCCACGCCCACGUGCUAUAGAUACACACCGAUCAAGGCACCCCGAUCCCCCCUCCUCACUCACCUCCUGCUUGACGCGCGCAAGCUCUUCAGUGGUCUCAGCUAGCGUCUUCAUUUUCUCCUCCAUGAAUCUGUGCAUGGCGGACAGCUGAUCCCUCAAUGACAUGUUCUCCGCCUCGAGCAGCUUGUUCAUCCCCGUAUCCCCAUGGGUCUCGUCCCACGUCCUCGCCCCACGCAGCCGGGACGGUGUGGCCAUGGCCAUGGCCGUGGCCGCCUGGCUGACCAUCAUAUUGCCCGUGCUGUUCCUCCUCUCCAUGGCCUGGCGGGCCGUCUCCCUCUCCUUCGCCCUCACGUGCUCUCCAUCAAGUCGCGCCAGCUUCGGGAAGAGGACCAGUAUCUGCUGCCUUGCGUAGCUCUGAGAGACCAGCGGGUUGCCGGCAAUCGACAGGUCAGCGAGAGCUGGGCAGCGCGUGAGCCGUCUGAGGGCCUUGACGGUCGCCAAUUGAUUGUGGGAGAAGUCCACCUGAAGGCACAAGCAGCAAUGAUAUGCGUCACCUGCAUGAACACAUUGCUCGGUGCUCGGCUCGGCAUACACUUCGCAGGGCGGUGAGAUUGUGCAUGCCGUCAGGGAGCGAGGUAAUGGCGUUGCGGCUAAGGUCGAGUGACUCGAGGCAAGUGAGGGCCAAGACAAACUCGCAACUCCUCAGCCCACACGACCGCAGACGAAGAACCUGACCCACAGACAAGACAGAUAGACAAGGGAAGAAUGUCACAUCAACGUGAUGUGUCAGGUGUCAGAAAACGGAAUGCUUACCUGCAGUGUGCUGCCGAUUAGGCUGAGGUUAUCCAGCAGCUCCGCACUGAUUGUCUGGCGCUGAAACUCCAGCUGCCGCAGCACCCUCGCCUCCCGCAGAGCCUCCGGGCAGCCCAACAGGUCAUGCAGCCUCACAUGCAUGUCAUUGAGCACCUCCACUCUAUCAAUCGGGGCAAACGCAGCAUCCUCGAUCUGCUCCUUCAGGACCAUCGCCGCCUCUUCCUCCAUUGCGACUCUGACUGAGACAAACUUGAUUGAGACUGUGAUUACG